AUGACUGUCAACGGGAGUCAAGGAGCGUACGACCGCCGCCUGAAUGUCGUCCAUCAGCUCCUUCAAGGGCUUGGUCUUCAGGUAUCCAAAGUAUCAACUGUCGCAUACAGCCCAGAGUAUGAGUUUCGUUACAACAACUAUCUCUUCAAGGUGGACCUAUCUGUUACGGCCACAUCCACUUCAUUUCCAGGCUCGCAGCCCGGGACUGUCCCAGCGCCUUCGGAUGGGAUUACAUCUUUAAUCGUCAAGCUUAGCAACGGUAAUUCAGAGGCAAACAUCACCAAUCGGGUGGAGAACGACGUCGCUGCCCAGUACCUGGUGCGUCAAUCCAUGGAACGAGCCGGGUUAAAUCCGCUGGCCGCAGCUGUUUAUGCGUGGGCUCCAGCAAAUACACGGGCAGGUGCAGAAGCCGAUGCUUUCAUGGACGAGAAAGACUUUGGUUGGACCAUGAUGGAGGUUAAACCUGGAGUAGAUUUUGAUACGCAGUUCUCCGACUUGGACCCUGCCGAUAAAGAAAAAUGCCUGCAGCAAGUGGCCAUGAUUUUGAAGGCGGUACAGGACGCAAAACUGCCAGAAACCGUCACCAUGUUUGGCGGACUGACCUUCAAUUCGACGGGCGAGAUCAUUAGCGGAGAACCGCCUCUAUUGAAGCUGAGUCCUGUGGAGACGUACGUGGAGUGGAAGUUCGGCAGGCUGCGCAAGUUGAUGCAGGAAGCCGCCGAAAGCCCAGUUAUUCAAGGAUGGAAGCCUAAUGGCGUCGGGGCCAGACUUGAGAAAUUCCUCGCGGCUGGCGGGCCCGAGCUGGUGCUUGCCAAUGUUGACCAGCGCCAAAAAAGCUUGGUCCACGGUGACUUUACAACCAACAACAUGUUGUUUGAUAAAGACACCAAAGAAAUCUCUGCACUGGUCGACUUUGACUGGUGUACUGUUUCCAACCCCUUGGAUGAGUUUCUGUAUCCGAAUGGCCUCGGCUGUAACAUCACCUUCGGGCAAACUGAAAUCGAUUUGGCGCUACUCUCGGGAGACUUCGACCAACCGCCCGACACAGAAGAGGUAAAGAGUGCGCACUGGGAAACGGCCAGGGCUUGGAAUGCCGCUUUGGACAAAGUUGGUGCGACCUCUCCAUCCAGGAUCAAGGGGGCCAGGCAGAUUUACGACAUGCUGCGGUUGAAAGACCUCUUGUGUCCUCAGAAACUGAGCAACGCAUCUGCAUUGGCGAGGCUAGAUGACGAGAAAAAAGCAGAGUUGAGGGCCAAGACCGAGGCGGACAUCGUAGAGUGGCUCGACAAGCACGGGUUUUGA